CCGAGUGUCGGCGGGUUUGCGUUCUUCCCUUGUACUUGAGGAAUUCCUCACACCUGGUGGUCUUGGGCUGAAAUUGAAAGGGAAAAACAAAACCUUUGCAGGCCAUAGGCCAUCCAUGGAAUGACUUUGUCACGCCUGUUUUAGACCAUCCCAUUAUUGGUCCUUAAAGAAAAUAUCCACCCACCCGAGACAGCUGGCCAUGCAAAACGAACUGGCCCAUUGAUACUUCGCUCGACACUGAACAGAAUGACAUCUCCAUACAUUAUUUAAAAACAAAUUGUGGGCUAUAUUUGUUGAGUUUGUACUGCUUUGUGAAAGUAGGCUACUGUUUUGACAACUUCAGCACAACGGGAACAGGAAAAAAGUGCGCCUAUGCAGGCUACUUGUAAAUGUAGUCUAUGAGUGACUUGUCUAGUUUACCCUUUGCAAAGCGAAUUAUUGAAUGGUGGUUUAGCGAACCGAAACGUCACAUUCUCAUCUCGGGGAAUGCCUUUACUUUAAACUACUUUAUUUGCUAACGUAGCAUCAAAUAGAGAUUGGUGUCGGUUGUAGUUUCUGAUUGGUGAACUUCGAGUGGUGGUGUAGCUGGUUUGGCUUGUGUCCCAAAACUAGAGUACUGUCAAAAGAUCUGGGAGCUGUCGCAUAGUCAAGCUGGUCCGAACUGUCACUAAAAUGUAAGAGAGGCAUACGUGUCUGUAUUGUAUUCACCGGCCCGUCUUAAUGAGUGAACUUCAACAUGAGCGGCGAAAAUGAAAAACCCUCCUUGGUUUAUGGCGAAAUCAAAUACAAUCAAAAUGUGUUAGAACUGGAAAAAAUUACAAUUAUGAAGUCUGCCGUUGACAGCGAGGACGUGCGCAUGGAGCACAACCAGAACGGGGACGAUACAAAGCAAACCAUCAAACUAUACAAGAGGCGAUGGUUCAUCGUGUUGCUAUUCAGCUCGUAUUCUCUCUGCAACUCGUUCCAAUGGAUCCAGUACGGAAUUAUCAACAACAUUUUCAUGAGGUUCUACGAUGUAGAGUCUUUCACUAUAGAUUGGAUGUCUAUGAUCUACAUGUUGACUUACAUCCCCUUCAUAUUCCCGGUCACCUGGCUACUGGAUAAGAAGGGGCUCCGUGUCAUUGCGCUGGUGGCUACAGCCAUGAAUUGCGCGGGGACUUGGAUCAAAGUGACCAGUGUGAGACCCAACCUGUUCGCAGUCACCAUGCUCGGACAGUUCUGUUGCUCCCUUGCGCAGGUGUUUAUCCUCGGGAUGCCGUCGAAGAUCGCCUCGGUGUGGUUUGGGUCGGAGGAGGUGUCCACUGCUUGCUCCAUUGGGGUCUUCGGAAACCAGCUGGGUAUAGCCAUUGGGUUCCUAGUCCCUCCCAUCCUGGUGCCUAACGUUGAGGACAUGGAUCAGCUGGCCCAUCACAUCAGUAUCAUGUUCUACAUCACAGCAGGAGUUGCUACCCUGCUCUUCCUACUGGUCGUCAUGGUGUUCCAGGAGCGUCCGGAGCUCCCUCCCACCCAGGCCCAGGCCACAGCUCGCUGUAUCUCUCCAGAACAGUACUCCUACACCGCCUCCAUCCUCAGGCUGCUCCGAAACAAACCCUUCCUCCUCCUCAUCCUCACAUACGGACUGAACGUGGGCUGCUUUUAUGCUGUGGGCACGCUACUGAACCGUAUGAUCAUCGAGCACUACCCUGGUGAAGAGUUGAAUGCAGGGAGGAUAGGUCUCACCAUCAUUAUCGCUGGCAUGGUGGGAUCACUGAUCUGUGGCAUCUGGUUGGACAGAACCAAAACAUACAAACAGACGACCCUGACGGUCUACCUCAUGUCCUUCGUAGGGAUGUUGGUCUACGCCUUCACCCUCAGUCUGGGUCAUCUCUGGGUAGUCUUCCUCACCGCUGGAGCUCUGGGGUUCUUCAUGACAGGCUACCUGCCCCUGGGCUUUGAGUUUGGAGUGGAGCUGACCUACCCCGAGUGUGAAGGAACCUCUUCAGGCCUGCUUAACUGCUCUGCACAGGUGUUUGGUAUCAUGUUCACUAUCUGCCAGGGGAAGAUCAUAGAUAACUACGGGACGCUGGCAGGAAACCUCUUCCUCUGCGUCUUCCUCUUCAUUGGAUCGGUCCUCACAGGCUUCAUCAAGUCAGACCUGCAGAGACAGAAGGCCAACCAGUUAGCCAAGGCAGCUGUGGAUGGAGAGCUCUCUGGUCAGCAGCAGGACUACGGGGCCACGGCUCUAAUCGACAAGCCAGACUGCCCUUCUGCUUCUCUUCAGGCUUGAUCACUAACCCAUAUACCCUAUAACCCCUACACUCUUAGCUCGAACAUCAGACGGGCCAAGGUCCCGUCAGACCCAGAGGAUGGGAACAUGUCUGCCCCCGCAGUCCUCGAAGAUACCAGGUUUUAGAGACGGACGAUCUGCUGGACACACACACACACACAGUAAAUCACCAGUUUAUGACCACUUCCAUUUAACACUGGCAGCCCAUCUUUUUUUCACUAAUUGGUCUUUUGACCAAUCAGAUCAGCUCUGAAAAAGAUCUGACAUGAUUGGUCAAAAGACCAAUUAGUGGAGAGAAAAAAAAAUCAAUUGGGCUGCCUGUGGAAACGCAGCCUAAGUCUUCCACGCAGCCUCUGUACAAAUACCAUUUCUUUAUUAUUUAUAGAGAAAUGUGUGUAUGUAUAUGUAUGUACACACACACACAGUGGCUUGGCUUAACGUCUUCAGAUCCCUUUGUCCACAUAUUGCCUGCGUUUAAAAUGCAUUACAUUUAGAUUUUUGGUCAUAAUGUCAAAGUUGAAAUGCAGUGCCAGUCAAAAGUUUGGACAUUCAAAAGGUUUUUAUUUUAUUUUUUUACAUUGUAGAAUAAUAGUGAAGACAUCAAAA